GUCGCACUUGACCGCGAUGCUGAUGUGGCCGUGACGCAGCACGGUUGCUUGCCCGACAUGAAACUCAAGGUUGAUGUGAAGGUUGCGGACGGCAGCUCGGCCAAAAGGAAGCGAGGCCGGCCGGCCAGGGGUACUGCUAGGGAACCGCCAUUGAAGAAGAAUAGGGACGAGGAGGAUGUCUGCUUCAUCUGUUUCGAUGGUGGGAGCCUUGUUCUCUGUGAUCGCCGGGGUUGUCCUAAAGCAUACCACCCCGCCUGUAUCAAGCGAGACGAGGCAUUCUUCCGUUCCAAGGCCAAAUGGAAUUGCGGUUGGCAUAUAUGUAGCAUAUGUCGGAAGGCAUCCCAUUAUAUGUGCUAUACAUGUACAUAUUCUUUGUGCAAGGGUUGUAUAAAAGGCACCGAUUUUCUCUGUGUCAGAGGGAAUAAAGGUCUGUGCGGGAUAUGCAUGAGGACCAUAAUGCUCAUUGAGAACAGUGCACAGGGAAAAAAGGAAACGUGUGAAGUGGAUUUUGAUGACAAAAGCAGUUGGGAGUAUCUUUUCAAGGUGUAUUGGCUGUACUUGAAAGAGAAACUAUCCUUAACGUUAGAUGAGAUCCUUCGAGCUAAAAAUCCAUCGAAAGGAGCUGCUGCUAAUGGUUCUAAGUUAGAAAUGCCUCAUGAAAUUCAUAUGCAUAAAGAUGACAAGGGUUCUGGGUCAGAGAACUCCUGUAUAGACAUAGAAUCAAAUAAUUUAGAGAAUAACCAUUGUAAUAGACAGCCAAGGCUUGUUAAUAAGGAGGACUGCCCAAAUAUGAACACUUCAGCUCGUGACAAAGAGGCAUCUAUGGCUGAAAGCACAAAAUGGGCAUCGAGGGAGCUUUUAGAGUUUGUUGCACAUAUGAAAAAUGGCGAUACAUCUGUCCAAUCUCAACAUGAUGUUGAGGCUCUUUUGCUGGAGUAUAUAAGGAAAAACAAUCUUUGUGAUCCUCAACAGAAAAGCCAAGUUGUUUGUGAUUCAAGACUAGUCAAUUUGUUCAGAAGAGAGCGUGUAGGUCAUUUUGAAAUGUUAAAGCUUCUUGAAUCUCAUUUUCUUAUAAAAGAUGAUGCCUCUGCCAACAUUAUAAGGUCAGGACCGAUUGAUGAUGUUGCUAGUCAGAUGGAGGUUAAUGACAAUGGUAAUGAUCAGCCAAUUGUGGCCAAUGAUAAGAGACAGAAAACACGGAAAAGGGCUGAAGUGCUGCUUGAUAAUCCGGACGCGUAUGCUGCAAUAAAUGCUCACAAUGUAAACUUGAUUUAUGUGCGGCGGAAUCAGAUGGAGAAUCUAAUUGACGAUUCUGAGAACUUUAGAGACAUGGUUGUUGGUUCAAUUGUGCGGAUAAGAGUCUCUAGCAGUGAUCAAAAGCAAGAGAUGUAUAGGCUUGUACAUGUCAUAGGUACCACCAGUAUUGCUGAAUCUUACAAUAUUGGCUCAAGAACAACAGGCAUUGUGCUUGAAAUUUCUAAUUUAAACAAGAAAGAGGUCAUAAAAAUAAGUGAGAUUUCAGAUCAGGAUUUCUCUGAGGAUGAAUGCAAACUACGACAGAGCAUAAAAUAUGGGUUUUCAAAAAGAUUGACUCUGGGAGAGCUUCUGGACAAGGCAUUGACACUUCAGGCAAUGAGAGUUAAUGAUGUAAGCUUUUCCUCCUUAUCAUUACUGCUCUUCAAGAUUAUAGUUGUUCCUUGGUUUGGCCAGCGAAGGCUGCAAGAAAUUCCGAAAGUAUACUCUGAUCCAAAUAUGGACUCAAUGUUUGACUCUGAUGACGAUGCUGAAAAGUCAGAUGAAAGGAAGCAAGAUGACAAUAUACAGUCUAAAAAUUCUGGAUUUAAUAGAAGAGAGAGGGAGCCUAGUUCUCCAAGAAGUGAGGGUGGUGGGUGCAGAGCACUAGACUUUUUGGUCACUGCUCAUGAGCAGAUUGGGAAUACAUGUACAGUGAAGAACCAGACCAGCCCAAGUGACACAGCAAAUGGCGAUAGCAAUAAUUUAGUAGUGGCAACGUCAGGGUCAUCUGCUGUUGCUUCGGACCCUCCAUCCUUGCCUUUCUCUACAGGAAAUGAGCAGCCAUUUAAUGAUCUUGCAACUGAUAAGUUUGCCAAGUUGCACUCCUGUAACCAGCUCCUCAACUUGUGUGGACUCUACAUCUACCGUUGUUCCUGCAACAAAAGCAUCACCAAAAACUCACAAAUUGGUUUUCUGGAGUUGCCUGGCGAUAAUUCUAAGCCAACUCAUUCUGAACAUACGGAUCAGUCUGCUGAAAAUAAACGUUCCUGGAGUACUGCUUCCAGCUUAGCUGGUGGUGGGACACCACUUCCUGAAGUGACUGUUGAGUGGAGAAGAUGUUCGCCAGCUCCGCCUAAUCCUUCUAUUGAGGAAUGGGACUCCAAUCUUGUCUCCGCAUCUUCAUUGAAGCCAGCUGAAACUGCUGGCGAUUGUACUGCUACUCCAUCGUCAAUAUGUGGUCAACUAACACAUUCUUCCCCUUCCAAUCCAGCCUGUAACACAUCUGCGUGGCAGGCGAUGAUGGAUGAACCGAAUGAUUUUGGCUCAUUUGGUGAAACAGUGUCAGAUCUGUUGGCAGAAAUGGAGGCAAUGGGAUCUCUCGGUGGCUUGGAAUCUCCCACAUCGAUCAUGAGUGGUGAGGAAUUGACUGAGGGUUCUAAUGGCCUCAGCCCUGCAGAGGGGCUCAGCCCAAUGCCUGAUGCAGGUAAAGGGGAUGCACUGAGCUCCACAGGAGAUUUACAAUUUAACUCUCAAUCCACAGCGCCAGAGGUACCAUUAUGCCAACCAGAGGGACAUUACCAUCAAAGAAUCUCUGGAGGGCAUUCUAGCAGAAGUUCUGAAGUAGGCGGCACGAAGAAUCAUGUUUCAGGUAGUCAAUGGAGGUCAGGUUCAGGAAUUCCAUCCACAGCAGCCUGGGCCAUGCCUACAGAUGCUACUUGGAGAAUCGGGCAAGACAGCAGAAGUGGUUGGGAGGCAUCUCAUUUAAAUACAAACUUGGGCUGGGGUGUGAUGGAUAAUAGAGGAAAUGCAAACACAGGUUGGGGAGUAGGACAGGGUCCAGUGCGAAACAGGAACCUAAAUUCAUACACAUCCGUAGGAACCGCAGGCGCUUGGGGGAACCAAUCUAGACAUGGCAACGAUCGAUUUUCUCCUCGUGGUAGGGAUAUGAGUAGGGGUAGACAUGUCUGGAACAGACAACCAUUCGGUGGUGGAAAUGGAGGCUCAAGGCCUCCGCCCAGAGGGCAGCGAAUUUGUAAAUUUUACGAAAGUGGGUACUGUAAGAAGGGAGCAUCAUGUGAUUACUUGCACCCAUGA